CCAGAUGCGUGGGUGGUGGUAGUGAACUGAAGAGAAGGAGAACGUGAGGCGAGCGAGCGAACGAACGAGCGAGCGAGCAAUCAUAUGGUAGCACCGACGACGGGGCUCCCUCCUGGUCUGACUUGUCAGUGCUUCAUGAAGUGUUGCGCCGUACUCGUGCACGAUCCCUGACCGAGCACGACCCUGACGGAGUCGAAACCUUCGGAUCCCUAAGUGAUAACUGAGAAGUCCCGGAAAAGACCGCGCGAUCUCUUUCCAGGGUACUCCUCUUUGCAACAUGGAUACGGCAAAGGUGAUAACGGUGCCCGAGGCGUGAAGGAAAAAAAAGAGCUGUUAUCUUAAUGGUUUUUUUUAUCUUAAUUGUUGCGCGAUCGAAUGGAAUCGAGAUCGUGCGUUUUUAUGCGAUAAAAGACAAUUGAAACUAUCCGGAGGCAAUCACCGAUUAACUCGGCGCAUGAAAUGAUUUGGAUUUAAUUUGUAAUUGGGCUGUCAUAGCUCGCUGAAUAAACAAGAUUCAAUAGCUUGAAUCUGUAGUCUUGGCAGAGAAAUGUUUUUUUCAAAUAUAUGAUAAUCAAAAUCCUGAAUAAGUACAAAGAUGCAUGAAGGAAUUAUGGAUUAUAAAAUGCAAAUGAGCUGCGCGAAGAAGAUAUGGGUUACGUGCAAUUCGGGAGAAGAAGAAGAAAACCAAGAAGCAAAUGGGAAUUAGCAAUCUUUCACGAAACAUACGUUUACAUCGUUUGUUCGGUAGUGUCAAAAUGACGUGGCUUGCAGUUCAAUGCAAAUAUUUUCUCUCUCAAAUAUCGUCUCUCAAGGAUCAUACCAAGCGAAUUAUAGAACGAACAGAAAUUGAAUAAUGAAAGGCUGUGCUAACGGUGAAACAUUGAAGGUAUCCUUGGCAUUCGACUGAGCCCUUUUACGGAGAAAGUCAUCAUGGCAGUCGAUAAUCCGCUCGUGAUCCGGACCCGUUCGAUACAUAUGUUUACAGAUAAUCCGUCGUACUUCUCGUUAUCCAACGAGACAGAGUUGUCGAAAACGACGACGACGACGACGUCGGCAUCCCCGACGUCACCCAGGGGCUUCUCCGCCCUAUUUCGUCGGAAGGCCUGCAAAAUGGGAACGGCAGCUUCGUCCCAGGGUGGCGUUUCGGGUUCCACAUUCAACGUGCAUCACAAGGGUCGCGAUAACGCGUCAGGCGCGUCGACGCCGACGGAGGAGCGCUUCCCGAUGCUAUCGCGGAACAACGCGACCCAUCACGGAUGCAGCAGAAGAAGAAACUUCGGCAAUCUCUUCCGGUCCAUGAGCGCGAAUUCGGAACAGGAAAAGAUGUUCUUCAAAGGCAACCCGAGGCCGUGCGACAUUGCGCCACCGUCGCCGUUAUUCAAAUCCAAAAGGUCGCAUUCGCACUCCGAGAAGGAUCAUCGUCAUCCUGGUCAGACCAGAAGAGGCCUGAAAUCUGCCAGCGAACUUCUGUCCAAUGAUAUGAUCUUUUGCGGUGUAGCGGGUAAUUCCAAGGAUCACACGCAUAACGGCGAUGAUGACAACAACAACGAUGAUGACACAGAGGUCUUCUUCGGUGUAAACGAUGCCAGAUACUACAACGUUUCCUCCACUCUUCCCACAACCGCCAGCCGAAGGAGGCACUCGAUCGGCACUUUUCUCGGCAAAGAAACAGGCGCGUCCGGUAAUAUCGUGGCCCCUGGCCGUCAAACGGGAGGAGCCAGAAAUCUGUUGGAAGCAGAUACAGCUCCAGUACCGCUCGACGAUAUCGACGGCGUGCAUUGUACCAAACGAUCGUCUUGCAGCAGAACGAAGCGAAGAAGACACAAGAGCUCGUCUCAUAAGGGGUCGCACACAGCUGUAGUGUUAUCAAGGGACGGGCACAACGCAGAGGACGAUGUUGUCUUCGUCUUCAGCAAGGAAAGCGAGGCUUCUAAUCUUUGGGUUAACUACCUCACCGCAUGUUUCGAGCAAAUCAGCCGUCAGCAAGGGCGACCACCGUUCAAAAUACGACAUAUCGCGAUUGAGGAACCGAUAGCACCGAAAACAGAAGAGAGGAUUCGAUCUUCUCGUCUUCACAUAGUCGUCGUGUGUCCGGUAUUGCUGGAACGCGUUCGGACCAACCCGGAGCAUGCUAUCCGUCUAACCAGUCAUCUGGUAGCCGAAAGAGUACUGGCGAUGAUGCUGGGCGUUCAGGACAGUCACAUCAAUGACACACACAGGUCCAGCCUGGUUUUCUAUGACCAGUGGAAGAAAUUUUUCGUGAAGGACCAGGACGAGACGUUUGUGGGCGAAUUGCUGGGCGCGGCGGUCGCCAUUCUGGGCACAACGCCGCCGUCAGCCCUCAAAAGCGACAAAACUGCAUUCUCCGUGCAUCCAAAAAAAGUCAAACUGGGGCAGAACAGAAUAAUUGUUUUGCUGAACGAGCCAUUGGUUCCUUCGGACAAUGUCUCUGUGGUCGUUGAUCGUUGUGGCGACGCGAUCGACAUAAGCAACGUAAAAAAAAGAAAUCCUUACACGCUGCAAUUUUCGAUACCAGAGAGAUGUCUCGAGGUUUCUAUGUUGGUUGGUGUGAGGAUAACUAAGAAUGGUUGCUCGCUCGGUGUUAGACAAGUCAAAUGUGAAAGCAGACUCAGGGAAUUAGAUCAGAUUCUCAGGGCAAACGAUAAUCCUCUCGAGUUUAUGUGCCAGACUUUUGGCUUUAGUUCUACUGACCGAGAACAGUUGGACAAUUGGAUGGUCCAUGCAUUUCAGAAAAAUAUACCUCCUUAUUUCAAUCUUUUGUCUACCCCAAACGGUGUAGUGCCUACUUAUAAAAAUUGCACAAGUUCAGAAGAGAAUCCGACAUUACUGCAUUUCGCCGCGCGAUUUGGCCUGGAGAAAUUAGCGUGGCAAUUAUUGGAAUGCCCUGGUGCCGAUCUUGCGUGUGACUUGAAAAACAUUUCCGAUCUGACACCGGCCGAUCUUGCUGAGCAAGCCGGACACGCGAGACUGGCCCAUCAACUACGAGGCUACAUGCAAAUGAACGAGUUCACCAACAUGUACAGCUACCUCAAGGUUAUAAGCCAGACAACGAACCGAUCAACAGGAACGAAUUCAACCACGGACGUCCCAUCGACAGUCACAAAUGAAACCAACAACGAAAAGGAGGAUUAUUGUCGACCAAGGCCCUUAAGCGAGGCUUAUUCAGUGCCACCGGUCGCAAGACCGAUAACGAUGCUAAUGCCGAAUCCACAAACGACAAGCACCUCUAGUACGACCACAAACCCCUUAGUCGCAAAUUAUUCGAUCGUACCGACGCCUACGCCAGUAAUUAAUAACCAGCUGCCGUCCACACCCACAAACUCGGUCACGUCAAAUGAACUGGACACAUCUUUUCAGGGUUACAUGAAAAUGCAUGCCACUGAUUAUUCCUUUACCCCGAAUUCUCUUCAUCAUAACAUAACUGGUCCAAAAACAACUAUAAGUAUGACGAAUCUACCGCCGUCCCGAACGGGCACGCCUACUCGUCAGGAAAAUCAUCAAAGUUCCUCGGGAUCACGAGAAGAUAAUUACGGUCAGAAAACGAGUCAAAAUCUUCUCUACGGCAGAACGUCGUCCAAUAGCAGUACCAAGUCCAGAGAACCGUCAGGUCCUCAAGACGAGCUCUUGGAGAUCAUAAACGAUUUCAAAAACAACGUCUUCACGAUAUCCGAAGUGGAGAGGCUCGUUGAAAAUUGGCAAAAACGAAACGACGUUCAGCAAAGUUUCAAAGAUAAGCAACGGCAGCUUAUGGCAAUGCGAGAAGAAUACGAAAGAAUACAAAAAAAGAUGAAAGACGAAAUGAAGACUCCGACACCCUUCGACAAGAUAAGAAAGUUCUUCUCCAAAGGGAAGAAAGAUACGAAGGAAUCCGGUGCCACCGAUUCCUCUACGAGCAAAUCCGAAAGCAUUAAUGGCGGAUUAGCUGAUCGCCGGCCUGUCAGUAGUUUAAGCCUUCGUAGCGUCUCUUCUAGUUCAUCUUCGUCUGGUAGAAUGAGCACUGUCAGCGGUUGCAGCGGUGCAAGUUUAGGUGACAGUGGAACUCAUUCUGAUUCCGAAGAUAGAAAGCUCCAGAAUGUCAGAGAUGAAAAAACUGGCAUGACGUCCUACGAAAUACCACCCGCGCCCAAACCAUUCACAAACAGGUAUUCGCCGGCGCCCGGGUAUUCCCCAUCACCGAGUCUCUCAAUCACGCGUGAUCUUGAUCUCCGACAGACGCAGUCACCGUCCAGGGCCAACGAAAGCGAAUAUUACAUUGCGUUCCCACCAUCGGGAUUACCCGUUCACGCGUUUAAAGCGAACGGCUCACCAAGAGAAUUGGAUACGCCGAGUUCGCCGUGCGAGCAUUCAAGAUAUCACGACUUUGUUCAGAACUCCGCCGUCUCGUUAGACAAACGUCAAGAAGAAACCGAAGCGACGAAACACGCUGGCAACAGCUACACGAACAUCGAACCGGCGGCGUCGAACUUCACUCCAGUCGCGCCGCCAGGAAUGUGCAUCCCAGAUUGCACGAGCAACGAAUCGACAUCCAUCGAUUCCGUUCACGAGAAUCGGGAAGUCGCGGAAGAAUACUUUGACGAUACUACCGAGACGUGUGCCGACACCGUGAAGGUAAAGCCGACACCGCUCGCUCAGCCUGACGUUGACGAGGUCGAUUCUGCGCUCGUUGUUCGAGGUCAAGAGACCACCGGGACAAUGCGCAAUGAGGAGCACGUAUCGUCGGCGGACUCGGCGAACAUUUCGAAAAACACAAAUGAGGCCACCGAGACUAGAAUGCCGGAAUACAUGAACCUUGCUGUUAAAAUGGGUCACGAUGCUGCCAAGGUUCUCGGCGCCAUACCAAAGAAACUACCUGCACCGCCCGUGCCACCGCGAGGUACAACCUUUCAUACUGUAUAAUUUCACGAUAACGAACGCGAACGAUAAACGCGCGACUUUUGUAAUACAAAGGCAGAAGAAUAAAUCAAUAAAAAUAUGUAUGAAGAUAUUAAACCUGCAGCGACAGUCUAUUUUCGUUUUUUCUCUCGAAUAUAUUUCUCACUCGUUUUUAUUCCUGAAAUAAAAAAAAAUCGUAAAUUUUAAAUUAAAUUAAAUUUAUAAUAAAACUCAAUUUAAUUUAAUUUAAUUUAAACACAGUUAUCGCGAAUGAUUAAAAUUAUUUAAGACUCUUUUUCUAAACCGGACAUAUUUGAUUUAAGAUUCGCAUAUUCAGAUAAGCACUAAAUCUCGAUCCAUAAAAUAAAUCACUAACUUACUGAAACCAGUUUCGGUUAUUUUUUCUCAAAUCAAAGAUUAAACAAGAGAUUACGGGAAUUUCCGAAGAAUCAUGAUUGAGAAAGAUGUCAGUGAUUCAUACAAAUGUAACUACAAGAAAAACGUCCUUAUUUAGUAAUCCUUAAAGCAUUUGGAAAGCUGAGCUAUUUAUGUCACACAUCGACAUAUAAACUAAUCAAAUCACUUGUUAGAAUACGAUUCUCUCAAUUUCCUCAGUGCUAUAAUAUAUAACACAAUUUUGUAAUUUUAAGAAACAACAAAUUAAAAAAUUGCAAAUUAUUAUUAUAAUGUAUAAACGUAUACACAUGUAUAAUCUUAUAACAUAAAAAAAUAUUAUAAUCAAAAUAGAGAAUAAACAUAAAAAAAUAAACAUAAAUCUACUCAAGUUUAUAAUUGUAAACUACUUUAUCAAAUCUGUUUUCAAUAAAAUUUUAUUGCUUGUUACUGUUGUGACUAAGAAGUAAAAAACUAAAAAAAUUGAAGAGUAUACACGUAUUCGUUGAUAAGUUUUUAUGCAAAUUAUAUAUUGUGUCUUUUGUGUAUAAAAAUCACGACUGAAAUUAAUAUUAAUAAUAUUAAUUUAAUCAGUAAAAUUUCUAAGUGCUCGAUAAUUAUAUGUGGCAUAAUAUAUCUUAUAUCUAUAUAAAAGUACAAUUGUGUUAAGUGCGAGACAAUGGUUAUCGCUAUUACCAUUGAACAAUCUCAUUUUCAUAAAAAUGCUGUGAGAAUUCGCAGAUUGAAAGAAUAUAUCUGAAUUCCUCUCCUUUGCAUAAUAUUCUUUGAAUAAUAUUUAUGCAGAGUGAUAAUUCAAAGUUAAUUCGAUUACUUCCUUUGCGCUGAUUAAAAUAUCAAAAUCAAUUAUAUAAUAUACUUAUUAAGGGACGCAUGACUCAAACCGAGAUCGUAAAGUAUACAAUAAAGCGGAUGUACAGCCUUGGUCAAAAAUAUUAGGCAUUUUCUUUUAAUAUUUAUAACUGAAAGAAGUUUAACAGAAAUUAAAAUGUAAAUUAUUCUCUGUUUCAAGAAUCUUUUAAACUUAUGUAUAAUACCAGUAUUUAAUAUGAAGCAAUACAGUUAAAAGAUUCUAGAUAAACAAAAAAAUAUAGAUACUUAAUAAUUUUAACCAAGGCUGUUGUAUAUCGUAUAUUUUCUUGAAUUUCGUAUAAGAAACAUAAUAUAAGAAAAGAAUAAUUUCAGCAACCAGAAGUGUAAAUAAAAUUUUUAUUUUAUAAUGCAAAGAUGUUGAGCGUUAAUACGUGAAUCAAACGUAAAAAUUUAUGAUAUGUCCGUGCAAACAUCGAAUUCAAUUUCCAAAAAUGGCGUACUAUUUUUAUAUAGCACAAAAACAAUAUUAUUAAAUUAAUUAGCAAUAAUUAGGAUUAAAUUGAUUUAUAUAUCUUUUUAUAUUGUCUCGACUUCUCAGGUACGGAGAGGCUUGAGUACCAAGAAUGCAUUUAUUAUUAAUUUUUAAGUGCGUAACCGUAAAUAUAUUUGAUACUAUAUGUAUUUUUUAUUAUGCCCGCCGAUAAUUUUUAUUUUAUAUUUAUGUGUGUAUUAGUAAAUUGAUAAAAAAUACAAGAACAUGCCUGAGACUUAGUCUUCAUUAAUUCACAUGUACUUUUGUUGCACUUCAAAAGAUGCAAUAAUAAAUACGAGGCUAGAAUGA